AUGGGUGUCCCAAAGUUUUUCAGAUGGCUCAGUGAGCGCUAUCCUGCGAUCUCCCAGCUCAUCUCAGAAAAUCGCAUUCCAGAGUUCGAUUGUCUGUACCUCGACAUGAAUGGUAUCAUUCACAACUGCACGCACAAAGACUCUGAUUCGCCUCAGUUUCGUUUAACUGAGGAGAAGAUGUUUAUCGCUAUCUUUAACUACAUUGAGCAUUUGUUCGGGAAGAUCAAGCCGAAGAAGCUGUUUUACAUGGCUAUUGAUGGAGUAGCACCUCGGGCUAAAAUGAAUCAGCAACGUGCUAGACGAUUUCGAACAGCUCUGGAUGCGGAAAAGGCACGCGAGAAAGCGAUCAGGGAGGGAAUUGAGCUUCCAAAAGAAGAUCCAUUCGACAGCAAUUGCAUCACUCCCGGAACCGAUUUCAUGGCUCGACUCACCGAGCAGCUCAAGUAUUUCAUCAGCAAGAAGGUCACAGAGGAUGUAGAAUGGCAAGGGGUGGAAGUUGUGCUUUCUGGUCACGAAGUCCCUGGAGAAGGCGAGCACAAAAUCAUGGAAUACAUUCGCCAGGCUAAGGCACAGCCUGGCUACGAUGCAAACGUACGACACUGUCUGUACGGCCUGGACGCCGACCUAAUCAUGUUGGGUCUUCUCAGUCACGAUCCACAUUUCUGCCUCUUACGAGAGGAAGUCACUUUCGGACGACAGGUCAAGAAGACGAAGGAGCUGGAACACCAGAACUUUUACCUACUCCAUCUCUGCAUAGUGCGCGAGUAUUUGGAGCUGGAAUUUCAAGAACUGGUGAACAAGGGAGCUUUAAGCUUCAAGUAUGACAUGGAACGAAUCAUCGAUGAUUUCAUUUUGAUGGCUUUUUUCGUGGGAAAUGAUUUCCUACCGAACUUGCCCAAUCUGCACAUCAACGAAGGAGCCUUGGCGCUCAUGUUCCAGAAGUACAAGGAGGUGCUGCCCAGACUUGGUGGCUAUAUCAAUGAGCACGGCGUUAUCAAUGUGGAGCGACUUGCUGUACUCCUGGACGAGCUGUCGGAGGUGGAGCAUCGAUUCUUCGAAGACGAGUUCAAGGAUGCAAAGUGGAUAAAGGCCAAAAGAGGUGAUGUCGGUGGGACUUCCACCGUGAAGCCAGGAAAAGUGCCAACGUCAAUCUCCACGGAUCAGAAAGACCUGCUCACACGCAUCAAGAGCUUUUUCAUUAAUCCAAACAACCGAGAUCGAGCUACGAGACAACCGCUUGACCUCCCUUCCGAUCUACCAGCUCGUGAUAGAAAGUUUGUCCAACAACUUGCAGCAGACCUCAAUCUAAGAUGGUCAACACAGGAGGACUCGCGUGGAAAUCGAUUCAUGAGACUCGAGUUCCCACCUAUGGAUAAGGACGACGACGACGAAGACGACGCAGAGGACGAGGUGGAAUCGCAAGUCGCGAUCACACGUAUUCUCAAGCGUUAUCAGAAUGCCAAGGUCGAGGAUGUCACAAGCGAACAAGCGCAGGCAGAUAUGCAAAAGAAGUAUGACGAAAACUUCCAAGCUUGGAAGGACACAUACUACAGAGAAAAAUUCGAAUGGGACACCUCUAACAAGGAGGAACUGAGGAGAUUGGCCGAAAACUACGUUCAAGGUCUACAAUGGGUUCUGUUCUAUUAUUAUCAAGGCGUGGCGUCGUGGCCAUGGUUCUACCAAUACCACUAUUCGCCCAUGAUCUCCGACGUCAAGCAAGGUCUGAAGGCUGACAUGAAAUUUGACCUUGGUCAGCCAUUCCAUCCUUUCCAACAGCUCAUGGGAGUGCUUCCGGAUCGAAGCAAGAAGAUUGUCCCUCCCAUUUACCACGAACUUAUGACUUCCCCCGAUUCCCCAAUCAUCGACUUCUAUCCCCGAGACUUCAAUCUUGAUAUGAACGGCAAGAAGAUGGAAUGGGAGGCAGUCGUCAAGAUUCCAUUCAUUGACGAAAAGCGUUUGUUGAGUGCCAUGGCUCCUCGAGAUGCGCUACUCUCAGAUGCUGAAAAGAAGAGAAAUGAGUUCGGAGUAUCAUUGAAAUUCACCUAUUCCGACGAAGUCGACUAUACCUAUCCCUCAUCUAUGGUCGGUAUAUUCCCAGAUUUGCAGCACUGUCGUUGCGUACACAACAUCUUUGAUCUACCCAUAAUGGAUGGUCUUGAGCCACAUGCGGGUUUGGUUCAAGGAGUCAAACUCGGCGCAGCAGCUUUAGCUGGGUUUCCAAGUCUUAAAACGCUGCCUCACACUGGCUCCUUAGGCUUCCAUGGCGUGAAUGUCUUCCAGCAAGACAGUCGCAACGAAAGCAUGGUGAUCACAUUGUCACACGCUGAACAGCGAACCAAAGUCGACUAUGCGAAAUCGUUACUCAACAUGAGAGUCCACGUGAAUUAUCCUUUCCUUCAAGAGGCGAAGGUCGUGAAAGUUUCUGACGAGUUGUUCGACUACACGAUGCCAGAUGAGCGUUCGGGCGAGGUUAGACAGUCCGAGCAUAGUGGCAAAGAGAUCGACGAUUUCCACAAGAAGGCAGAGCGUAUCGAGAAGUGGUACAGCAAGCGCCUAGGUAUGCUUGCUGGUGAUGUGGAAUCACUUGUCCAUGUUGAGAUGCUCAAAGGUCUACGAAAAUUAGAUGACGGCUCUACAGUCAAGGAAUUUGCAGACAUGCCCGGGUUGGAAACUGUUUAUGCUCCACAGCUUGUGGUUGAGAAGGUCAUCAGCGAGGACGAGCGGUUCAUAGAGAGGGCCGCUCUGCCUAUCGAAGAAGAAUUCCCGGAUGGAACUAAUGCUUUCUUCUUAGGAGAGUUCGCGUAUGGCAGACCCAUCAACGUUACAGGACAUGAGAAUGAUAAAGCAGUAUGUAUUAUUGCUACAUCCAAAGCGCAGCAGGUCGAGUUUGGUAGAGAGAUUGCCCACCAAGCCGAGCGUCUGUCGCCAUACACACCAUCCUUUGUCGUUGCCAAGCAGCUUGGCAUGCAUCCUCUUGCUCUUGCAAAGAUCACUUCAGCAUUCUCGAUCAAGGUUGGAGACAGUCGAGCCAAUCUGGGACUCAAUCUCAAGUUCGAAGCAAAGAAACUGAAAGUCCUCGGCUACUCCAGGAAAACUCAAAGUGGUUGGGAGUUUAGUGCUGCUGCAGUCGACUUGUUAAGUCAAUAUUGUCACAAGUUCCCGCUCUUUGUCGGCAUGAUCUCGAAACAGCCACAAGGUGAUAUGCUCCCAGCUACAGCAUACUUACCAGGAUACUCGGAAGAGGAAGCUGAUGAGGAGGUCAAGAAGAUUCAGAUGUGGCUGAAGGAAAUAGAGACAAGAACUUUCGAAAGAGUCCCUCUUGACGCUGAUCAACUUGACUCGAAUGUAGUCAGACAGAUCGAGGUUGCAGCAGACCAGAGUGUGGCAUCGGAACCAGCUCCUAUCAACAAGACGGUAAGGGGCAUCCCCCGAAACGCUUUACUGAAACCCAUCGAUGCUCAGUGGCGCCUGGGGCAGCAAAGAUUCCAGCUUGGAGAUCGUGUCAUCUACGUCGCGGACUCUGGCAAAGUUCCUAUCGCGUCCAAAGGUACUGUUGUCGGACUCACUCAGACCUCAAGAGAGACAUGGCUUGAUGUUGUCUUCGAUGUUUCAUUCAUGAGUGGGACGUCGUUAAAUGACCGCUGUUCGCCUUUCAGAGGUUCAACAGUGCCUACUUGGUCUGUCCUAAAUCUGACAAAUAGACAAGCGAUCGCCUCUUCAAAGGCAAGCUCAGAUAGGACUACCUCAAAUUCAUCGACACCAUUGACUAUGGGCGGUUACGGCAUGCCAGGAAUCAAUGGUCAAGGUCAACUUCGUGAUGCAGCGCCGCCACCAGCUCUUAGAGGAGGCUGGAGGGGCGCUGUGGUUGCAGGAGGCAGGGGAGGCAACAUGCACCGCGGAAGAGGUGCUCCAAAUGGAACGAACCCAACAAGCUUGCCACUUCGAUCUCAAACAAACGGCGAAUCCACGACCAACGGAGUUAACGACAUGAACGCCACACGAGGAGGAUUAGGUUAUCGUGGUGGCUAUCACCAGAUUGAUCGAGGUGAUGAUCAAUCAAACAUUGUACACAUCAACCCCAAUUUCCGACCGAAAGGUCAUCACAACGUUCCACCACCAGCGAAUUUGGAACAAGGAACGGCGGGACGAGGACGAGGUCGGGGGCGAGGUCGUGGUGCAGAUAGAGGGAGGGGAGGUCGUGGUCGAGGAACAGCUGCAGCUGCGACUAACGGAAGCAACUAA